CAAAUCCAUAUAGGAUUCAAGUUGCUACAAUUCAAGUAACCACAUAACCCAUUUGAAGCUAGUUUUUUCAACUCAAUUUAUUUAUAGAUUACACUAGAAAAAUGUCUUAGAUCCAAACAUGAAAGUUUAAGUUCUCAUAACAAGAAACAAAUAGAUUCAGAUUCAUACCCAAACUCAAACACACUAAAAGGGGUCGUAGGUUCUUGUCUUCUUGAUACUAACCAUGGCCUCUGACCAAACCCACCUCACACUUCUCUUCCUCUUCACUCUAAUCUCUCCCAUUCUCUCCCACUCAAUAAUCCAACAAUUCACAAAACCCCACUUGCUUUUCACCUUAGCCAACACUCUCUACUGUGAUAGCUGGAGAUUCAGUGUUGAAACCAAUGAUGCUGGAAGCUGGAGCUUCACUCCUGAGAAAUGUAUUGACUAUGUCAAGGAUUACAUGACUGGGGACAGAUAUAUAUCUGAUUCUGAGGUGGUUGCUGAUGAUUCAUUGGAGUAUGCUAAGACUGUGGAGCUCACUGGGAAGGAUGCUUGGGUUUUUGAUAUUGAUGAGACCCUUUUGUCUAAUCUGCCUUAUUAUGCUGAUAAGGGAUUUGACUCACAAAUUUAUGAUGAAGAGUCCUUCAAUAACUGGGUGGAGAUGAGUGAGGCCCCCAGCCUGCCAGCAAGUUUGAGAUUGUACAAUGAGCUUGAAGAGAUGGGAAUUACUGUAUUUUUAUUAACCGGACGGGAUGAAUAUCAACGAAAUGUUACUGAGAAAAAUUUACUACAAGCGGGAUUCAGCAACUGGAAAAAACUUUUCUUAAGGGGAACCUCGGAUAAAGGCAAAGCAGCCAGCGUUUACAAGUCUGAAAAGAGAAUGGAACUGGUAGAUGAAGGUUAUGUUAUCCAUGGCUGCUCUGGAGAUCAAUGGAGCGACCUCUCUGGUUAUGCAGUGGCUACACGGUCCUUCAAGCUCCCUAACCCAAUGUACUACAUUGCCUGAUCAGUAAGUCCAUGUUGGGCUAAUUCUCGAUCAAACUAGUGCAAUGAUGGGCUAUUAUCUUGUGCUUAAAUGAUUCAUAAUUCACAGUAACUUGUCAUAAACCAUGUCUGACAGGUACUGUCAUUGAAUGUAUAUCUAUUGAAUAAGCUGUAAGCAGAAUCUUAAAUAUUGGAUAUUUGUCGUGCUUCAUAGCCGAAUACAUUAGAUAUUAUUUGUAUCGAAAUAAUAGAUAAUAUAAAUACAACUAUAAUGAGCCACUUUAAGGUAAA